AUGGACAACGAAACAGUAGACAUGAUGCGGGACAGUGGCGCAUCGGGUGCUUCGUUGCUCAGUAAAUCGAAUCCGGUCUUCUGUUGCUAUUUGGUUUGGAGCACUGUGCUUAUCAUUAAGAUGCUGCUGAUGACCCUGUUGACGGCCCGUCAGCGCUUCAAGACCAAAGCGGUUGCCAAUCCCGAGGACAUGCGGAUGACCCGCGCCGACGAGGUCCGCUUCAAUGAUGCCAACGUGGAGCGCGUGCGUCGUGCUCAUCGCAACGAUUUGGAGAAUAUUCUACCUUUCCUGCUAUUGACGCUCGCCUACGUCUCGUGCGGCCCCCAUCCCCUCGCCGCUAAACUGCUCAUACGCAUCGGGGCCAGUGCACGUCUGCUGCACACUCUGGUCUACGCGGUGUUUCCAAUGCCGCAACCGACUCGUGCGAUCAGUUUCUUUAUCACAUUUUCCAUUAUGAUCUACGAGGCUGUUUAUGUGCUCCUCUGCUCCGUCAAGUAUAUCUAAGCGGAGAGGGGCAACUGGGAGGAAGGUCACCUAGUCUUGAACUACUCCAAUCACACAUACAACAAACACAGAGACACAUAAUAUAUGGAAC